CACGCCCCUUUGGCUGACGGUCCAUCCGCCCGCGCGCUCAGCUGGGUCCGGGGAUCCAGGAAGCCUCAUUGGUCAGAGAGGACAGAGGGAGCCCGAACCCCGCCGCGCGGAACCUCUCCUCCCCAGUAAAAGCCGGCAUCAUGAUUCCUGUUAUGGAAUUUCGUCAGUUCUCAGAACAGCAGCCGGCGUUCCGAGUCCUGAAGCCCUGGUGGGACGUGUUCACAGAUUACCUGUCUGUGGUCAUGCUAAUGAUUGGCGUGUUCGGAUGCACUCUGCAGGUAAUGCAAGACAAGAUCAUAUGCCUUCCUCACAGAAUCUCAUCCGGCUCAGAAAACAUUUGUGAAGUAAAUAGGAGCUUAGUCCUUCAACGGCAGUUCAAUGCUUCAGAUAUGCUGAGAGAAAUGAGAGGGGUAAAAACUGAUCUGGAUCUUCAGCAGUACAGUUUUAUUAAUCAGAUGUGCUAUGAGAAAGCUCUACACUGGUAUGCCAAGUACUUCCCCUAUUUGGUUCUAAUGCACACACUGGUCUUCAUGGUGUGUAGCAACUUCUGGUUUAAAUUUCCCGGCUCAAGUUCAAAAAUAGAGCACUUCAUCUCAAUGCUCGGCAAGUGUUUUGAUUCCCCCUGGACAACGCGUGCAUUGUCUGAGGUGUCUGGAGAGAAUCCGGAAGAAAAGGACCAGAAAAAGAGUACAACAUCUCGGUCCAGCAAUGCGUUGUCGCCUGAAGAAAGCAGCCUUGAGAAAACGCAGUCCCUUCGGUCUAUUCCCGAGAAGAUUGUGGUGGACAAGCCAUCAGCAAGUGUCCUUGAUAAAAAAGAGGGCGAGCAAGCUAAGGCUCUUUUUGAAAAGGUAAAGAAAUUCCGACUACACGUAGAGGAAGGAGAUAUCCUCUAUCUUAUGUAUGUUCGUCAGACUGUAUUCAAGGUGCUGAAAUUCCUUGUGAUCAUUGCCUACAACAGCUUCCUCGUAGAGAAAGUACAGAACGAAGUGUGUUGUGAAGUCAAGGAAAUCCAGGAUGUUACCGGAUAUACAGUCUUUGAAUGUAAUCACAACAUGGCUCAUCUGUUUUCCAAGCUGUCUUACUGUUAUCUGUUUUUGGUGGCUGUCUAUGGCUUCACAAGCCUCUAUACCUCCUACUGGCUGUUUUACCGCUCACUUAAAGAGUAUUCCUUCGAGUAUGUGCGUCACGAAACUGGCAUCAGUGACAUCCCAGACGUCAAAAACGACUUUGCCUUCAUGUUGCACAUGAUUGAUCAGUACGAUCCGCUGUAUUCCAAGCGCUUUGCUGUUUUUUUAUCAGAGGUCAGUGAGAACAAACUGAAGCAACUCAAUCUGAACCACGAGUGGACCCCAGAGAAAUUGCGUCAGAGACUCCAGAUGAACCCAAAUAACAGACUCGAACUUCAGUUGUUCAUGCUACCUGGCUUGCCCGACACUGUCUUUGAAUUGACAGAGCUGCAGUCGCUCAAGCUCGAGAUCAUCAAUAACGUGACAAUCUCUGCAUCUAUCUCUCAGCUGGAAAACCUCCAGGAGCUCUCUCUCUACCAGUGCUCCUUAAAGCUGCACCCAAGUGCUACUUCUUUCCUCAAAGAGAACCUAAAAGUGCUUCGAGUGAAAUUCGAUGAGAACAGGGAACUUCCAAAUUGGGUGUAUGUUCUGCGUAACCUAGAGGAACUCUACCUCUCUGGAUCACUCAGUCCUGAUGCCUCAAAGAAUAUAGUUCUUGAGUCCCUUCGUGAGCUGAAGUGUCUGAAAACUCUCUACCUUAAGAGCAAUUUGACAAAGAUCCCCCAGUCAAUCGUGGAUGUGUCCAGCCAUCUACAGCGUCUUUACCUGCACAACGAUGGCACAAGGCUAGUAAUGCUAAACAACCUGAAGAAAAUGACUAGCCUUGUUGAGUUGGAGCUUGUGCGUUGCGACCUUGAACGCAUCCCGCAUGGAAUUUUUAGCUUGACAAGUCUGCAGGAGAUUGACCUAAAAGAGAACAACCUUCGAUCUAUUGAGGAGAUUGUCAGCUUCCAGCAUCUCCGAAAGCUCAUUUGUCUCAAGCUUUGGCACAAUAGCAUCAUGUACAUCCCUGAGCAUAUCAAAAAGCUCAGCAGCCUGGAACGUCUUUACUUCAGCCACAACAAGAUCGAGAUCCUGCCCUCGCAUCUGUUCUUGUGUAACAAGUUGCGCUACCUUGAUCUAUCCAACAAUGACAUCCGAUUCAUCCCUCCUGAAAUAGGAGUACUGCAGAGUCUGCAGUACUUCUCUGUCACAUGUAACAAACUUGAAAACCUUCCAGAUGAACUGUUCUUUUGCAAAAAGCUCAAAACAUUAAAGCUUGGCAAGAACUCGUUAUCCAUCUUAUCACCAAAGAUUUCGUAUCUCAGUCUGCUAACCCACUUGGAGCUAAAAGGAAACCAUUUUGAGUUCCUGCCACAAGAGCUUGGGUGUUGUUGUGCUUUGAAGCGCAGCGGCCUUAUAGUGGAAGAGACACUGUUUGAAACUCUGCCAUCAGAUGUAAGGGACCAAAUGAAGGCAGAGUAAUGUGCCUUAUUGUAGCCCCAGUGACUGCUGAUUGUCCUGGGAAUUCAGAGUAUUCUUUUUUUAUAUUUUAUGAUGUCAAAAUUUUGCCAAAAUAUGACAAAUAUUAAUAUGAGCAGUUUUAUUAAAAAAAAACAUGCAAGUAAACUACUCUCGACAUGCAUUUUUGAUAAUUUUGUUAGAUUCAAUACCAUGAUAUGUCACAAGCAUGUGCUCAUGGUCCUUCACUGCGCUCCUGCUUUGCUUUUUAUGCGCCCGUAGAUUUUUUCUUACUAGACCUGUUUCUGUGUGCUCAAGUCAAGUUGUCUCUCUUUAAGGUUGCAAUCGACCUGAAAAAGUUAACUGCCUGUGAGUGGCUACUUUUCAGAACAUCCCACCCCUUGAGACAGUGGUGUAAUGUUUUUUUCCUAGUUGUUGAUAGUAACGUUAGCUAAGCAUCUUCAGGCUGAUUGCUGUUUCCUUCAAGAGUUAAUAGGAAGUUAUUAUUAAAUAACCUAAUUCUAAACAGCCAUGAAUGUGUUAUGACAGCAAUGUUUGACUAAAAUGGGACAAAAUCAGGCACACCAAACAUCCAAUUUUCAACAACUAAUUCUGGACUAAAUCCGGGCUUUGAUGAAACGACCAGAUUUAGCCUAAAAAUGACGUCUGGUGUUUGAACUCUAUAUGAGCUAAGCUAUCGUUAGCCUCACUGUUAAUACUGUCUAAACCAAACAUUUACAUCUCUAUAAUCAGUUUGGAGCUACUGUUAAACGUUUUUUUCCUGUUAUGUCGGGCAUAUUGUGUUUAUAAAGUUGUCAGUUGACUACAUUAAUGGCUUUCACUACCCGAUCUUUUGUGCGCAUGCAUAGACAAAAUAAUACGAUCCGGAUUGCUGAAAAACUACGUGAUAUCAGUACUGAAAAUACUUAUUUAUAUACUUAAAACAUUAAAGAAUGCUAAACUACAUUUUAUAGAAAAUAUUGAAGACUUUUCUUCCAGAAAAGUCUCCAUUGACAUCAUCGAACAUACUCGGAGCAGUCACAGUAAUGUUCGAAAGGCUAUUUAAGUGUAUUGCUUUUUUUCGUUUUUAGAAUAUGAAAUAUUUACACAAAUACAAUAUUAUUCAACAGGAACCCCCCGCCAGAAAAAGACAAAAUAAUUAAAAAGUAAGAAAAAUUAAGUAUUGCAUACCGGGAAGUUAUUCUGGUUGCGCAUGUGCAAAACGGAUCGUACUUCCGGGACGGAUCGGGUAGUGACAAGAACUGUUGGAAAUGAAGACAGUAUUCUGCUUGUUAAAGAACAGCUAUUAGUCGAAGAAUGCUUUUCUAACUAUAUAUUCUAGCCCCAAAGAAGAGAGGCAGGAUUUCCUGAGAAAUAGCUAAUCACAGGUGGUUUACUUUCUCAAGUUGGUUCAUCCCUAAAAGUUACAGAAGUUGACAUGAGCGACGGAAACAGGUCGACACAUGAUUAGAAGUAGAUGGCGAGCAUGAACUCAUGCUUCUGACAUACUGGAGGCUUGUAAUAGUGAAUCUGCACACAGAAAUGUUCAAAUGAGCAUGUAUACAGUAGCAGCCAUUUAAAAUGGCCCUUCCCAGUCAAACGCCAGCCAAUGGAAGCCUGCUUCCCUGCAUCUCCCAGCAAAAUCCCCUCCAACUUCCAGCCACUGGCCCCCUCCUGGGCAUGCACAUUUUUUUACUCUGCCUCCACCCUUUCACUGAAUUACAGGGUCUGACCAGGAGAUGAU